AUGGGCUUUUCAUGUAGGACUUGUCUUAUCACGGAUGUUUGCAACGAUAUCAAUGAACUUCCUACAGGCAUUCAGGGUGAUUCGGUUACGGGUGCGGAGAUAAUGUUGUUUUGUUUAGAUAUUAUGAUUACAUCGGAACCAAAUUUAAGCACAAAACUAUGUAAAGAUUGCUUUAUAAAGAUAAUAGAUAUAUACAAGUUUAAAAGGCAAGCAUUACACAAUGAUAGUCACAUGAGGAAUCUUGAUGAUGAUGCUUAUCCAAAUGGCACAUCUCCCGAGACAAAACAUAAAAUACAAAUUAAAUUAGAGGAUGGUAUUGAAGAUGAGAUAGCUUCAAAUGGGUUUGAGUCAGAUGAUGAGUUUCUCAGUGUUUUAAAAUCAGUGAAAUAUGAAUUUGUGCCUGAGGAAGCUAAAGAAAAUGUAUCGAGCAAUGUCAAAGAGGAAUGUGUCAAUAAGAAGAAGACCAAAGCUGUUCGACAAGUAUGUGAAGCAUGUGGGAAGACUUAUAAAAACCUCAGGGAACAUAUGAAAGUGCACCUUCCACCGGGGAAACAAAAAACAUAUAAGUGCAAGUAUUGCGACAAAGUCUUUGCCCAGUGUACAGGCAGAUAUCGGCAUACCAAAAUUAAACACCUUGGCUAUAGAGAACACUGUAAAUUAUGUGAUAAAGAUGUCGUAUGUUUGAAGUCACACAAUGCAAUAAAACAUGAUGAGAGUAAAAUGAAAUUUGUUUGCGAAGUGUGUGGAAGACGGUUCUUGAGUCCAUCGAAGGUGAAAGAACAUAAAGUAACAGCACACACCAAGGAGAGACUGUAUCCUUGUGGAAUAUGUGAUAAGACUUUUGGUACUAAGACUACUGCUCUGCACCAUAGACGCCAAGUCCACGACAAGGAAAAGAAGCAUUUAUGUCAAAUCUGCUCAAAACGUUUCUUUAAAAAGUACCACCUGGACGUCCAUAUAAGAAGCCACACUAAAGAGAAGCCAUAUGAAUGCACCGAGUGCGGCAAAUGGUAUUCGUCUUGCACCACGCUCAAAAGCCACCAGCUGACUCACACCGCUCUCAAGAAGAUACGCUGCAAACACUGCAACAUGUCAUUCACAUUACAAAAGUACCUAAACAGACACUAUUUAAGUGUGCACGCCAAAGAAAAGAAGUACCAAUGCAACUAUUGCGAAGUAUCCUUCUCGCGGUCGGACCACAGAAACCGCCAUCAGAGGACCGCUCACGAGCGAAAUUUAACUUCAUGA